AUGGCUUCUCGUAUUACUCUUUCACCAACCAUGAAGAAUUUUAUUCGUUGUGCUGGAUUAUCAGGUUCAUUGGCAAUAGGUUUAGGUGUCUAUGGAGCUCAUGCUAUGAAAGAUGAUACUCCUGAAGAACUUAGACGAUUAUUUCAAUUGGCUCAAACAUAUCAUUUACUUCAUUCUGUCGCUUUACUUGCUGUACCAUUAGUCUCACGACCCAUCAUUACAGGAUCAUUAUUUCUAGGUGGACUUUCAUUUUUUUGUGGUCCAAUGUAUUAUCGUGCUAUAACAAAUGAUCCACAAUUUCGUCAAAUCACACCAUAUGGUGGAGCUCUUCUUAUAGCUGGAUGGUUAUCGAUUGCAUUCCUUUAA